AAGUGAACAACCAGCCUAUUGAUACCAGUGAAAAAAUAAAAAAUCUCAAUUAUGAUUGAACGUGCGUGAAAUUGGAGUGCACGAGAUGUUCGAGACUGGACGGAGAUCGGCAAUUAGCAGUUCAGAGCUGGGACUUUACUCUGAUCGCGCUGAUCGAUACAAUUCGAGUAAAUACGGACCUGUCGUCAGGAAAUUUGCUAUUGUGGUCAUGGCUAUCGUCGCUGUAAUUUUGGCCGCUAUAUUCAUCUACGAUUUUGCCUCCGGAGCAUCAGCAAGCAGCAAAGUCAGCCAGGAGACAAAGCACAUCUACAUCCUGCAGAAUGCCCUGAAAAAAUCCUCGAGUCUCCCCAAAAAAAUUCCAACAACAUCCCAAAAACCAGAGGUCGAGAGACUCUCGAUGACGAGCAUUGAAGAGCGAUAUGACGACGACAUAAAAUCCCUGUCCUUCAUCGAUCCCUCAAACAAAUCCGAAAAGUAUGGAAAGAGUCUGGAGCCUGAUCCACUGGAGCCACGAUCCCAGAGUCUUGAAAAUUUCAAAUUACGCAAGAGAUUAUUGGAAUCAGCCGAGAGCGAAGACGUUGGUGAGGAGGAAAUCGAGUCUAAGCAAUUAUUCAGCAAUCACGCAGUCGUCUAUCGAGUCAGACAAAUGUAUCCCCAUGGACCAGACGACAACGAGGAAGCUCCAGAGGAUCUACGACCCACCCCUUUUCACUUCAAACUCCAGAACCCGACGCCCACAUCCUUCCAACGCCUCAAAUUCCCUCAAUUAUCCCAGUACAGGUAUCCCCACAACUCCCGAAACAUUCAGGACAUAAUAAAAUACCUGACGAACGACCCGGAGAGUCCGAAACGAGGAAUUAAAUUCACUGGAGUGUACAUGAACCCAAAGAAGUACGACCUAUACCCCGACAUCGGCGAGAUGAUGGCUAACAGCGAUAAAUCCGAGAUAUUAGUCCCUGGAGAUGAUGAAGACCCUGAGGACUCUGACAGUUCUCCAUUUCUCUUCAUGAAUAAUGAUCCUUUCUAUCCUUACAAGCCUAAACAUCCUGCGGACGUCAAUCUCCUAGCACCUGCCAACCUUAGGUUUUCACCUGCGGGUCUUCAAAGGUACAAUCCCUACUACGAACAAUAUAUGCAGCGUCCGAUCAUCAUGAGACCACCUCCACCCGUCGAAUCAACCUAUGACAAUGGUGCAGGCUACUCAGCCUAUGGGAACAAGAAGAGGAAGGCAAAGCCCUUCAGCGUGAUGCUGGAUAUCUACCCCAUCACCGAAAUUAAUGAUCAACCGACGAAUAAGAAAGUUUCACGACCUAGACCGAGUGAAGAGGACUAUUCAACAGAUUCCAGAAGACCUAUGACCUUUGGUCGAGGUGGGAGAUACUACGGGGGCCAUCCCCAACCGAUUCCUGUCGUCGCUUUUCCAGCGAGUCCAUCUGGAACGGAAGAGGAGGAGAAGCAGCAAAUGGUAUUUCACCUGAAUUUGUAUCCCCGGAAGAAGAACAAACUCAGCAGGAAAGAUAUUAUCCAGAGAUCCGAGGCAAUGCCUCCAGAGAAUCAUGAGCAAUUCGUGAGGAAAGUCAUGUCUCCAUUUGAUACAAUCACCAAACAAUUGACUGAUCACUCUGCCAUUGAGGAAUCGAAACUAGAAGAGGCAGAUAACGACCCGACUAAUUUACCAUUGACCAAAUACGAAGAGAGCUUUCUGGAAAUGCCGAAUGAAGAGGACAAAAAGCCCCAGGAUGUACUGUUCAAUCAUCAGGGUAAUAAGAGCGAGGAAAGUAUUGAUAAUAUGAGCGAAGCUAACGAGACUGUCUCAGGAGGAAUAAAAAAUUCAACCUCUGAUUUGGAUGUCGAUACCCCCGAGGGUUUUCAGAAAUUUGCCGAUGGUCUGGUAGCGACAGACUAAUUACAAAGAGCAAUCCAAAGAAUAAAUCCUGUACGUAAAAUUGGAAAAUACUGUAAAAGUGAAAGUAUUAGAAGUUAUUGUCUCCACAUAGUAGCAGACAUUCACCAAUUAGAGUAAUUCCGAGUUUCACUUUGUAGAAAAAAAUAAUGUGAUAUCGUAAGACCGAUUUACGACUAUUUUAUCAUGUUUUUUGCACCAUAAAAUCGUCGAUUUAUCGAAAAAAAAGAAAGAUAAAACAUUGGGUUGGUACCAGCUGUUACCUUGAC